CAGGCUUCUCCGAAUAAAAGUCCUGAUGGAAGGUCCCCCCGCUAAGGUUGAAAGAGCGACCACCAUCCAUCCAAGUCUAAAUUCUUCUUCUGCCUCCGGCAUCAUCAACACUUUCCCCCACCAGUCUCUGCCACCGGGCAACGCAUCUCCUCUUCAUAGUUCCCGUCUUCCUCGCCGCUCUCCCGUCUCCAUCUCUGCGCUGCAUUCUCCGGCAUCGCGUCAUCAUCCUCCAGACCUGCAUCUUCUUCUCUCCUCCCUGGCUCCAGGCUGGCGUUGUCUCUGCGCAAGCGUCUUGCCUCUUCCAUUCGCGCCCUCCGCAAGUACCACUGUAGAGGGUGAUCAAAACAAAUCACCCCGCCUUGUCCCCUCUCUCUUUUCCCUUCCUCCACCAGCCACGCACGUCCUGUAGGGAUACCCAUCGGCAAUCAUGGCGGACCGGUUCAUCCCCGAGCAUCGCCGCAACCACUUUAAGGCCAAGAACACCUUCAAGCCCGAUGAGCUCCGCCGACGCCGCGAGGAGCAGGCCGUCGAGAUUCGCAAGGCGAAGCGAGAAGAGAAUCUAGCCAAGAGACGUGGCAUUGGCAGUGGUGACUCGCGUCCCGGCGCAUCGCUGGGUGCUGCUCCCGACAGCGACGAUGAAUCUGCCCCGACCGAGAGCCAGCUCAACGAGGACCUCCCUCAGAUGGUCCAGGGCGUCUUCUCGGACCAGAUCGAUCUCCAGAUCCAAGCAACCACCAAAUUCCGAAAACUGCUCUCCAAGGAGCGAAACCCCCCGAUCGAGGAGGUUAUCAAGACCGGCGUCGUCACCCGAUUCGUCGAGUUCCUUCGCUCCCCCCACACUCUCGUCCAGUUCGAGGCGGCUUGGGCCCUCACCAACAUCGCGUCUGGAAGUGCCACCCAGACUCAGGUGGUUAUUGAGGCGGGCGCUGUACCGAUUUUUGUCGAGCUGUUGGCUAGCCCUGAGCCGGAUGUCCGUGAGCAAGCCGUCUGGGCUCUCGGCAACAUCGCCGGCGAUAGCCCGUCUUGCCGGGACUAUGUAUUGAGCUGCGGUGCUCUGAAGCCACUCCUUAACCUGUUGGGCGAUAGUCGCAAGCUCAGCAUGCUUAGAAACGCUACCUGGACUUUGAGUAACUUCUGCCGAGGCAAGACACCCCAGCCCGACUGGAAUACUAUCGCACCUGCACUUCCAGUUCUUGCCAAGCUAGUUUACUCUCUCGACGAUGAGGUCCUCAUCGACGCCUGCUGGGCCAUUUCCUAUCUAUCAGAUGGUUCCAACGACAAAAUUCAGGCCGUCAUCGAAGCCGGGAUCCCCCGCCGUCUUGUGGAGCUGCUCAUGCACGCAUCUACCUCCGUCCAGACUCCGGCCCUGCGGUCUGUUGGCAAUAUCGUUACCGGUGAUGAUGUGCAGACACAAGUCAUAAUUAACUGCGGCGCCUUGUCGUGCCUGUUAGCGCUUCUAAGCUCUAACAAGGAUGGCAUCCGCAAGGAAGCAUGCUGGACUAUUUCGAACAUUACAGCGGGCAAUUCUCAGCAGAUUCAAGCCGUCAUUGACGCCAACAUUAUCCCUCCCCUGAUCCAUUUAUUGUCUAACGGCGACUUGAAAACUCGUAAGGAGGCUUGCUGGGCCAUUAGCAACGCUACCAGCGGUGGGCUCCAAAAGCCUGACCAGAUCCGAUACCUAGUUACGCAGGGUUGUAUCAAACCUCUAUGCGAUCUUCUCGCCUGCCCCGACAACAAGAUCAUUCAAGUCGCCCUAGACGGCCUAGAGAAUAUUCUCAAGGUUGGUGAACUCGACAAGCAGACUGCUGGAGAAGACUCCCGGUCGAUCAACCGUUAUGCACUGUUUAUCGAGGAGUGUGCCGGCAUGGAGAAGAUCCACGAUUGCCAGACGAACGCGAACGAGGAGAUUUACAUGAAGUCUUACAACAUCAUCGAGAAGUACUUCUCUGACGAGGACGAGAACGCCGACGACGGCAUGGCUGCGCACACCCAACCUAACGGCACGUUCGGGUUUGGAACCAACGGCGCGCAAGGCGGUGGUUUCAACUUCGCCAACGGUGCUGACACGAUGGAUAUGUAGGGCGGCGCCGCCCCCGGUAAACCCCAUCAUCAGGCGGGAUGGCUAUGGCCUGCACCCGAUCCUACGAAGCUCCGGGCAGGCAAUCUAGUAGAAUAGUCACAACACGAACCUCAUGCCCAAGCCCCCAUAACCCCCCCUGCUUUGCCUUACACGUAACCCAAUUCCCUGCACACAAGCCCCAUCGAGAAUGGCGUUAAUCGAGGUAGGAAGAAAGACCAAGUCAAGGUCAACCACGCGAGCAAGAAUGAUAGGCCAUUUGGUAGCUUUAAAGCUCCAGCCUAGGAGAGAAGAAGUGGUUGUAGGGAGAGUAAAGUGUUGUAUUAUGUACGAGGGUCGCUAAUGGUAGCUUGAAAGCUCCUACCCUCCCGAGAAUGGACCUGAGAUCCGCAACACGACUCGGCCCCCCGAGGUCGCCGCGGAGUUGUUGUCGGGUUAGUCGGUUGAGUCGCGGUAUCUCACCGAUCUGGUACAGGCCGGAUACGAAUAGUGCUCUUAGCACUGCCCCUCCCAAGUGGUAGAGGUAGAGAUUCCCGACUCCCGCCAAGACCUGAAGGACUCAACAAUGUGCCGGUCUUAUCAAGUGGUAAGUACCCCUUUCAGAAGUAGUCAUCAGACGGCUAGUUAGUGAGCCCGGGGCCCAAGGCAUUCGUGCCGUGCAGCUCCGGCUUGCUUAAAAUUGACACCAUCCCGCCGA